AUGAGUGAAGCGAGCAAAGACAGGACUAUUUCACAACAUCUACACGAAGAACUCGGGAUUGGAUCACUCCGACUGUCAAAGCUCACCGACAUGGCAGUCGCUGCUUGUCUAUGGCGAAAAUUUGAGGGAAAGAACUCAUCGAACUACUUCAAGAUGCGGUUAGGCGAAUUCGGCCAGCCGCGACAUCGGUAUAUUGUUGUCAAGGAUAAGAAGCGCGUAGGAGGUAGCUUAUUGGACACUGAGUACAACAAACAAGAAAAAAGGCGAAAACUCUGCGGAACCUUGAAUUCAAUCAUGGCAGGACAAUCCGACAGCCCAGCCGAAGCCAGCCGGCCCGCGGACUCCUCGCUACUGGACAAUUGCGACCAAAUCGCUCCUUUGAGAAUGAACACCACGCCUCAUGCAUGGAUCUUUUCUUCGACGGGCCCGAGUCCGCGCACAAUUAUUCGUCGCCUGCAGCGCGUAUCCUACGUCAUCGAGCGAGGGAAAAAGCCUUGCUGCGGGUUCACAAAGCUGCAAAAGGACCACGGCAGGCAUUCGAGUAACGGCAAAGUGGAUCCCUUUCGGUCCCGCAGAGCCGUCGGUAGCCUCCACGCCGUAGGACUCGGCGUCCUGCGCGUCUUCUUCACCCUUGCGCCCGCCGUCGUUUGGCUUGGGGGUGCCACGGUGCCUCGCGGCUUUACUUGGGUCUGCUUUCUCAGAAUCCCUACAAAACUCAAUGAGAACGCCGAGAGCGCACGCGCGCGCCCAGCACCACCUGCCCUAUCCUAUCGGCCAGACAUUGCGGCUCAAACACCACAAGUCCUUAUCAGCGCGCUUGAUGAUCGACCCCUUCGACGUCGACCCUGA